AUGGUAGUGAAACUUGUCGUCCUGUCCAAUGCCGUGUCAUUCUUUGGAAAAGAUCUAGCCAAAAACGAGAGUUUUAUGGAGUCUGCCUUGGCUUAUAUCGAGGAGACUUUGAUAUGCGCCGAAAUAGUUCGACUAGUGCCCCGGCUUUUAGCCCCAAUUAUAGGGGGGAUUAUUUCCUCACGCUUGAAGUCGCACGAAAUCAUUUUCAACACAUUGCUCCCAAUUGCUGAGCAACGGUGUCUCGAACGGGAUCUGAAAUUCUCAGGUCAGAAAGUCCCAGAUCAUCAUGAUUGUAUACAAUGGAUCAUGGAGACUUCCCCAAAACGGGACCCAUGGUCAGCUAAGCGUGUGGUUCAUGAACUAAUGGCUAUUUGGUUCGGGUCGGUUCAUGCCUUAUCAACUACCAUCACAUUUGCGAUCCACGAUAUUUGUAUCCACCCUGAGUAUGUUCUACCCCUACGCCAAGAACUCCAAAAUCAUUAUACGGAGUUUGAGCGUACCGGUAGAGGUUUGCCUCUUUUGGAUAGCUUUAUCAAAGAGUCUGCACGCUUAACCCCUGUUGAGUCAAGUAAGCCCUUGAAUAUCUACCUCUGA